UUAGCGGUUGGGGCGAUAGUCUACGUCGUGUAGUUGACGUUGUUUACACGGCAGGAGCACCCAGCUCUCAGCACAUUUGCUAUUUUUCAGAGCGAACAAUCUUGGGUCCUACUAUUGCACCAGGAGAGAGGGACAAAGAGGAGCGACAGUGAGGACGAGCAGUCCCCAAGAAUCGGCCAGUACCAUCAAGAUGGCGAGUGUUUCGGACUCAGAUGAUGACAUGCCGCUCGCGCAAUUUUCGAAGAAGCAUCAGAAGAACGCGGCUACUGGAGAAUCGGACAAGGCAAAGACGAAAGCCAAGCCAACCGCCAAGGCAAAGACUACCAUCAAAAGUCCGGCCGCCAAGAAGCUGGUGACCAAGAAGGGGUCGGCGAAGAAGCCCACCCCCGCGAAGAAAGGCGCCAAGAAAACGCCCACGCUGAAAGCUAAGAGCAAGGGUCCGGCAGCGAAGAAAGCUCCGUUGAAAAGGAAAACAAAGCGGAAGACGAAACCACGAGAGCAGGAGUCUUCGGGGGACAAGCUGGUCACUCGAUCAGGAGUGCUGUACGAGACGAAGAAGGGUGAGAUAAUUCAGAAGCUCCUCUGCCGUUGGUGGUAUGCAAUGGAGUGGCCGGCAAAGAAGGACCUGCGGCCAGCUCCUCCUUCGUACGAGGCGCUGGAAGGGUACCCGGGCGUGUUCAUCUGUGUCGAGGGCGACGAUAUCGGCAAGCUCCUCGACGUGCGCAACAAGGAGACCUGUCCGUGCUUCACGAAUUUCGCAAAAAAGAGUUCGGAGGAGCUGAAGGGGCUUUUGGAGACAGCGUUGACGACGCAAAAGGAGGCGCUGAUUGCUCACUGGGGGAAAAACGUGGCCGAAGAGGCGAAGAUCGACAGGGAGCUCAAGUGGUUGAAGAGCGUGGACCCGGCUAAGGCAGACAAGGCAGCUGUCAGGGCGCUUGCUGGAAAGUUCUAGACCACCGCGUGUACAACGCGAUGACGAAACAGGGCCGAAGGGUCGGAGCCGACCGACACUAGUACUUUAACGUUACUUAUUUUGGAGUAGAAUAUGUUUUUUCUAAAUAUGUAACGUAUAGUCGGCUACAAUGAAGUAUGCGAUGAGAGGACCACGAGCUCCAGCAGUAUACGGGGACCAUGCCUUUGAAUGUGCGUUUGUUGGACCGUUUGGCUGUGUCACAGCAGGUCGUUGGAAAAGUUCGUUUGAUUGUGUCAGUGCUGCCUGUGGUAGCCUCGAAAUGCAGCCUCGAAAUGACCUUCGUGUACAGACACCGGUUUAGGUGGACGCGCGGCUAGCGCAAUCGCAGGUCCUUUUGUAUGUCACUUGAAGUCUGCGAGUCACUCGCACCACCCUCACGAUUCCUGUUGUAUUAUGGUGAGUGGACACAAUAACAUGUGCGUACACUGAACCAGUAUCAGCCACUUAGGCGUGUACGUCGAUCAACCAUACAGCUAAUUUAUUUUUCAUCAACCAUACAGCUUAUAGAAAGAUUUGGUCACUUUUCAU